GCCAGAUUUAAAGACAGUGAAUUUUGUUUUUAUCAAAACCGAAUGCAAAUUGGAAUCUUAGCUGGCUCAAAACAAAAUGACAUUCACAAAAAGCGUUGACCAAACCACAAUCCUGCAAGGGGAUCGUUCCAAGCUUAAGGACCUGCUGCGUCUCCGGCUGAACGCCUGCGGGUGGAGCGACCAGGUACGGCUACUGUGCCGUGAAGCCAUCAAAGAGCAGGACAGCAUCAACUGCGACGCGCUGGUGCAGCAGGUCACUCCGAAGGCACGGGCCCUGAUCCCCGACACCGUCAAGAAGGAACUGCUGCAGAAGAUCAAAACCAUCCUGGUGCAACAGGAGGGCAUUGAUAUUUAGCGUGGUUAGGUGGUG